GACUUGUUUAAUGGUCUAUGAAGGCAGCAUAUGAUGACGUUCCGUUCCAGUAUAGUUCACAAAAAUGAGCAUUAGUAAAAUGUCAAACGUAUGACUGUUAACGUUUUAAAACCCUUGGUAUAUUGCAAUUGGCUCUUGGAUUAAAUGCUAUUUUUAUGUAGUGACGCUGAAUGAAAAUGGGAAGCUUACCUCCUACUGGUUUUGUGUGCCUGAAGUUUAGAAUGUGAACAGUUUAGGCAGAAUUACUUGCAAAUUAUGCUCUUUAUUGAUGUCAGUGAGACAUUUUCCUAACUGGAGUUCUGCAAACAGGUCAACGCUUGAAGGAAAUUUUGCCUUAAAUAGUAUUCGCAUCUUUCACGUACGCAUAAAUCUCUUCACGAGAACGGUUUCUCCCUCCCUGAGAGUACACGGGGGAGUAGGUUCACCCUUCCUUGAUACAUGCUGCCACUGCACUCAGUGGGGAGCUUCCCUGAAAAGCCAUUCGCCCUCAUUGUGAACUCCAGUAUACCAAGGGUUUCAAGAUUUACGAUUUAAUUGGAAAGUGAGAUCUUCCAAGAGGUGCCAAAUGGGCGCUGGUACUAGUUUUUAUUCCAAGUUUUCUUGUUCAGCCAUGCUAUAUUUUAAUAGAAUUUCACUAAAUAAUAAACUCUUCUCUCUGUUAUUUGUGUGUGUGAUUUUUGUAGUGGAGAAGGCAAAUGCAAAGCCCUUCCAGAUGACUGAAAAACAGUGGGUCCUCUGCAGCUACAGGGGAUUCUAGACAUUAACUAAAGGCCAGCAAGCACUCAAGUCCCCAAGUGUUUUCCUGGUGUAACCACUUGUUAACUACAUUUUCUCUUCUUCUUUUUAUUUUUACAUUUUAGGGUGGUACAGUAAUUUGAAAGGCAAUGAGCAGGGUUUUUGGAACUUAAAAACUGUGCCGAGAAGACACCUCUUCUUGCAGAAGUCUUAUUAAACUCUUCUAGACUUGCUUUAGAAGUAAUUGAUUUCCAUUGUACUGUUUUCUUGUACUGAUUUACUUCUGAAAUAACGGGUUUUCCCAAAUGGCUUGAAUUGAAUACAACCUCUGCAGAUUAAGUCGUACUACAGUAAUAAAUGUGGUGUACGGUCUGGGUUCAGAGCUUUGAUCGAGACGUGAUAAUGCUGUAAGGAUGUCUUUUGAGGCCCGGGGAACUGUCUUACCUUUGUAUUCCUGCCAUUUAAGAAAUGGACACUUAAAUUACGGAACGUAGGAAUCUGCAGCAUGGCCUUUGAUUGAGAAGUGCUGCUUUUUGGGAGCGCAGAGCACAUUCAGAAAUUGCUGUGGAGUUAUGGCUUCUGCUUUCCCUACUCCAGGUAUUACAGUAUAGUGGAAAGGCAUCUUAUUCUCCUCUUUAUGUUAAAGGAUGGCAUAGUAACAGUCCAUCACAGUUAGUACCAAAACAUUCUCCAAGGCCCAUGCUGACGAAUAUUAGCGUUAAGCUUUUCUAAUAAGGGUAAAAAUAACUUUCCCUGUCGGUCCGACUUGUCCAUUGCGCUUGACGGUGGAUAAAGCUGGCACGUAAAAAACGGCCCAGUAGUUUCAGCUCAGAUUGUAUAAAGAGAACGAACGAGUUCACUGUAUUCUAAUGGGCCUGUUCAAGUCACAGAGUUCCUUAUGGGCUGUUGUGCUAUUACAGUGAUUCGGAGCGUGAACAGUUCUGUCACGUUGAUGUGGCAUAUCCCCAGCAAUGUGUUCAGCCAAUAAGGUUCUGCCCCUUGGUUUGUAACCGUAUGCGUGGCCCCGUAAGGGAGCAUGGUUUUACCUCUAAUUGCGUUCUGCCAGGGUCCCAAUUCAACAAGUUACUUAAGCACCCUACAGCAAGAUUCUUAAAACCGCAGUGAAAUUGCUCAUGUGCUUAAAGCCAGGCAGAUGCUUAACUACUGUGCUGAACUGGGCCCUCACCUCUCUUAUUUUCUGCUGUGAUAAUUCUGUUGUAAUAUUGCCUGUCGCUAAAGUCAAUGUUUAUUAUCUGUCUAGUGCAAUAAUUAUCCCAAAUAUCACAAGCGCCCUCCAGUUUUAGCACACACAGACAUUUUGGUGUUGGCUGUUGCUUUGUGUUAUAGAGCUAUACACAAAGUCUACGGUAAGGUUUAGUAUUCAUUGUAAUUUUCACUGUGAUAUUCCUAGAUUUGGAAGGAGCUCUAAGAUUAAAGGUGGCUGGGGGGGUAUUUAGGUUCUUUGGUUAAUGUUUGUUUCUUUUGUCUGUUUCUUUUUCUUUCAUUUCUACAUAUUCAUACAGUAUUUCAUGGUUCUAACAAAGCAGCAGUAAAAAAAGCUCUUGAAGCAUGAAAAUUAACUGGUGAGGGGCCUCAUUGCUUUUUUUUUUAAAAUUGUAGUUUAUUUAUUUCUAAAUACUUUUUUAAAAAACGAUUAGAGGAUCAGAUGCAUGAUUUUUUUUUUUAAUGAAUGCAGAUCUUCUAUGAGGUGUCUCGAGAUAAAGUCUGAGCAUUUGUAUUUAGAUGCCAGAAAUGUUGUAGCUGCACUAAUUUGAAAUGUUUAGCUAUAAUUGAUAAAUAUCCUCUGAGACAUAAUUUUGCAUGCAAAAUUACCCCAUAAUCUCUCUGUAGGUAUGUUAAUAUAUUUAUGCGUUAAUGCCCUUUAUCUAAAUGACCUUUUUCCCCUCCUCUCCCUCCAUAACUUUUGGUAUCUAAAUUGAUGGCAGCUCAAUGACACGAGCAAGAUAACAGUGCUGUGUAUGAUACAUUUGUUUAUAUUAUCGGCACUUCUCAGUAUAGGUGGAAGGAACCAUUACCUUUAUUUAACAGUGGUUUUUCUUUUUUGUUGUUGUGUUUUACAGUUCUUUUCCCUGGUUCAGCCUGAACUAUAUACCAGGCCCUGCUGAAAAUACCACCCAACAGUUUUCUUCUGCAGCUUAUCCAGUUUCUCUUAAGUGCCCUGUACAUAUUUGAAGCAGCCGACACGAGUCGUUGUUCAUAAAACAGCUUUUGAAAGUUGAGAGCACACCCCUGGAGAACCGACUGUGCUUGCUUACGUUUGGUUCAUGACUUAAAAAUCGAGUACAGGAGUCAUUCCUGAUGAGACUAAGGCUUUGUCUCUCUUGGCACCAGCUAAUGCUGUGGCAGGUCUGCUGCCCGGAGGUGGACUCCUGCCUACUCCCAACCCACUUUCUCAGAUUGGUGCUGUUCCUUUAGCUGCUCUCGGAGCUCCUGCUCUCGAUCCUGCCCUAGCUGCUCUCGGGCUUCCUGGAGCAAACUUAAACUCUCAGUCUCUUGCAGCAGAUCAACUACUCAAACUGAUGAGCACAGUGGAUCCAAAGUUGAACCAUGUAGCUGCAGGCCUUGUUUCACCAAGUCUGAAAUCAGAUACCUCCAGUAAAGAAAUAGAAGAAGCUAUGAAAAGAGUACGAGAAGCACAGUCAUUAAUUUCUGCUGCUAUUGAGCCAGACAAAAAAGAUGAAAAAAGAAGGCAUUCAAGGUCAAGAUCACGCUCAAGGAGGAGGAGGACGCCUUCUUCAUCUAGACACAGACGGUCAAGAAGCAGAUCAAGGAGAAGGUCCCAUUCAAAGUCAAGAAGCAGGAGGCGAUCUAAAAGUCCAAGGCGAAGAAGAUCUCAUUCCAGAGAGAGAAGUAGAAGAUCCAGGAGCACGUCCAAAACCAGGGAUAAAAAGAAAGAAGAGAAAGAAAAGAAACGUUCUAAAACUCCCCCCAAAAGCUACAGCACAACUCGGCGAUCCAGAAGCACAAGCAGAGAAAGACGGCGCAGAAGAAGCAGGAGUGGAACACGGUCACCUAAAAAACCCAGGUCACCUAAGAGGAAAAUGUCACGGUCCCCAUCUCCAAGAAGGCAUAAAAAGGAAAAAAAGAAGGAUAAAGACAAAGAGAGAAGUAGAGAUGAGAGGGAACGGUCAACCAGCAAGAAAAAAAAAAGCAAAGACAAAGAGAAGGAUCGGGAACGGAAAUCCGAGAGCGAUAAAGACGUGAAACAGGUCACAAGGGAUUAUGAUGAAGAAGAACAGGGAUAUGACAGCGAGAAGGAGAAGAAGGAAGAAAAGAAAAUGGGGGAUUCUUCUUCUCCUAAAGUGAAGGAGGCUGCGGCUGAGAAAGGAAGUGGGGAAUCAGCAAGGGAGUCCAAAGUAAAUGGGGAUGAUCACCACGAAGAGGAUAUGGAUAUGAGUGACUGAAUUUUGCCUUUGCAGUGAACACGGCUGCAGACGUGCAUCAGUGUCAUUCCUGUGUGAUUCUUUUAUGCUGUACUUGUUAAUCCUAAAUCUAGAUGUAUACAGCUCCAAGCUAUACAUGGUUUGUAAAGCUCCUGAUACUAACUCACAUCAAAAGCUUUCUAGAAAGGUAACCAUCCUUGUUAUGGCCGAAAGGGAUUGCGUAGCCAAGCAAUUUUUACUAACUUGGUGAUGCUUCAAGCAAAAGUAAAAAGCUGCAUGCAUCUACAGCAGGCAUGGACUGUUUGUUGUAUGAUCUCCUUUAGUAAAUCAGCUCACUUAUGAUAGUGUUUCUAGACUUUGAUUCAUUGCAGUAAUAGAGCAGUAUAGGGAAUGCACUGACUGCAUGUUGAUUGUGGCAGAAACAUCCUAAAUGUCCUAAAAUCCCACAACGUACAGUGGAUCUACUUAAGGCUCUCAAGUGUGACUACACGGAGAGAAAAAAACAAUUGACAGUACAUCUGAAAAGAAGCAUUCUGACAUAGGUAGGGUUUGUUCUGUUCUGCGCCACGUGGCUGGGCUUCUGUUUUUGGGGUUUUUGUUUUGUCUUUAGUUUUUGUUUUCCUCUUUUUUCCCCGGCUUCGACACACUUAAAAUGCACUAACCUUUUUGAGGGCUUGCUUUAACCUGUCGCUUCCAGUCUUUAAUCUGUCGGUCCGCAUCCAGCCCAGGCAGCAAAGAAGCCACGAGCUGAAAUGGUUCUGAGCUUUUGUGCUUCAGCUGGGGGAAGUGAAAAUCCCUGCUCGAUCAGUGCCCGGUGAUUAAAAGUCGAGAAUAACUGCAGUUUUCACAAUCAGGUUGUUCUAUUUGUUCGUGAGCUGAACACAUGGGGAAAAAGGUAGUGCAUUUUAAAAUUGACCUUCGUAUGCUUUUAAAAGCAAGUCUACUUGAUAAUGUACUUUUUACUUGAUCUCAAGUUGUAUAAACUAAUUUGUGUUUACUGUCACUGCAGUAGUAAUCUUAUGCACACAGUGAUUCCAUGUUAUAUGCAAAGUAGUUAGGCAAGCAGUUUUCUUAGUUACAGAAGUUCAACGGCUUUUACUUUUGUGCAGGUAAAAAGACAAAAGUAGGCGACAGUCUGUGCCAUGUUGAUGUACAGUUUCUGAAAUUGUUUUACAAAACUUUGAUAAUAAAACCCUUAAACUUAUACUCCCGUUCCUCUAAAACUGUACUGGUAUUUAUUUGCACCGCUGAGUGUGUGAUACUUUACCUCGUUGUUUUCUUCGCUUACCUAUUUCAAGCAGGCCCUGACAGCUCCAUCUGUUUCUAUGAUUGCUGAGUGCAGUGACAAAGCUGCUCUGCCUUCAUCUGAGAAUGGAGGGAACAGGCCCAGCUGGCAGGAAGGGGCGAGUGCUUUUUGAAAGAAAGGUGGCUUUGUAAAUCCUCUUUGUAUUUCCAUUGCUCUUUCAUCUUUAGGAUGCUAACGGGAGAUGCAGGAAGCAGCGAGCGCUUUGUGCGCGUAUGGGAAGGUCGGGAAGGGAACUGUGAGCGGCACUUGAACUUCUCCAAUCCCACGAGUCCGACCACCCUCUUUUUCAACUCUCCUUUUACCGUAGGAAAAGUGAACUUGCCAUUUACAGAUGCGGUGUCAUUUUUUUAGAAUUUGUAGAAAUGUAAAUUUUUACCAACUGUUUUGAGUAUUUUGUCAAUACAGAGAGGUAUAUGUCAUAAAACCGGUUCUAGCCUUUUAUUUCUGACAGUGGAGAGAACGUGAUAGUUCCUGUAAUGCAAUAUGGACACAGAUGAGGUGCAUGAUGUCUUCAUAGAUGUGCCUUUUUAGUUGUCAUCAGGAUAUUUAUAUGUGAAGUAUAAGAACAUGAAACAAUUUAUAGUAAUAAAGUAAACCUCCUUGAUCCUUA